AUGAUUCCGCCAAUAAUAUCCAGCGAUGGGGAAGCAGCUGCGCUCGCGGGUCAAUUCCACCCAGACAAUACGGGCGCGGCUCUGGCUUCCGGUGCAGGGGUAGCCCUCGGCGGGGGAGGGGGAAUGGGAGGAAAGGGGGGAAUGGGGGGAAUGGGGGGAAUCGCGGAAAUCGGGGGAAUCGGGGGAGCGAUGCGGGCGGCGGGCGGGGACGACGACAUGGCGCGCGCGAUGGAGAGCCUAAUCCCCGCGCUGUGGCAGUCGUUCGCGGUGAUCCUCAUCGGAUACGCGUGCGUGAAGCUUGAAGUGGUGAAGCCGCAGCACAAGCAGGGCCUGUCGCUGUUUGUGACGAAGCUGGCGCUGCCGGCGCUGCUGUUCUCGGGCAUGGCGUCGCUCGACUUCUCCAAGGUCAACUGGUCCUUCCUCCUCGCCGUCACCAUCGGCAAAACCGCCGUCUUCUUCCUCGCCCUCGGCAUAACGAUGCUGCUGGACAUUGGCAAGCCGCAGGUGGUGGGCACGGGAGCAGUGAACGGCAUCUUCGUCUCCCAGUCCAACGACUUCGCUCUCGGCCUUCCCAUCUUCCAACCCAUAUUCGGCGCCCUGCACCCCGAGUACAUCGGAUACCUGUACCUCGUGGCGCCCAUCUCGCUCAUCUUCCUCAACCCCCUCGGAUUCCUUCUCAUGGAGUCGGACCGAAAGGGCGGCCCAGACGGGGAGGAGGGGGAGGAAGAGGAGGACGAGGAUGGGGAGGAGAGGGUUGGGGGGCGUGGAGCGCGGGAUGGGAGGGAGGGGGAGGGGGAUCCCUGGGAGUGCUGUGACUUGGUGCCUGAAGGGGAAGAGGCUGCGCUGAUGGCUCUUGAGAAAGAGGAGGAGCAGAGGGAUGGGGUGGCGGGGCGAGAGAGGGGAGGAAAAGGGGCUAUGCGCACCCGCAGCAGCAGCGCCGCUCUCCCUCCCCCUUCGCCCUUCACUGCUGCUUCCCCCCCCAAAUCCCUCCGCUCCUCCCUCCUAUCCCCCUCCCUCCUCACCCUUCCUCCACCUCCUCAAGCGUCUUCACUCUCCCAUCCACCAUCCACCACCCUCUCCCUCGCCCCUUCCCCGUCCACAUCCCACGCCCCUGUAUACGGCUCACUUGCCCUUGCCCCAUCGCCACUCUCCCGCGUGCUGCCUUCGCCCCUUGGCCCCCCGUCUCCUGUUGCCGCUGCUGCUGGCGCUGGGGUGAGCGGUGGUGCAGGGAUGACUGGUGGUGGCGCUGGCGUGAGCGGUGGUGGGGAUGGGGGAGGAGGAGGGGCAGUGGAUUUGCCACAAGGGUGGACGAGGAGGGCGUAUACAGGGAAGCUUGCGGCUGGCGGCGGGGGUGGGAAGUCGUCAGACUCUAAAACGGGUGCUGCAGGGGGUGUUUGCAUCGCCCGUGGUCUUCAUGUGUGUGUGAGUGUGUGUGUGGGUGUGUGUGUGGGUGUGCAUGUGGGUGUGUGUGUGGGUGUGCAUGUGGGUGUGUGUGUGGGUGUGCAUGUGGGUGUGUGUGUGGGUGUGCAUGUGGGUGUGUGUGUGAGUGCGUGUGUGAGUGCGUGUGUGGGUGUGGUCUCUCCUCUUAUUCUUGCUUCCUCUCUGCCCUCCUCGUUGCCUCCCUCCUCUCCUGCCAUUCACCCUUUCCCUCAACUCCCUCCUUUCCUCGACUCCCUCCCUCCCUCCUCCUUCGUCUCCCUCCUCUCACUUAUCAGACAUAUCUCAAGCCUCCUGCCUCCCUUUCUGCCUGUCCUAACCUCUCUCUGCUGGUCCCGUGCCUAUUUCUCUGUCCCCCACCCGCCCCCCAUCGUCCCCCCAUCUGCCCCACAUCUAUUAAACCCCAUCCGCCCGCAGGUACCUCUGGGUCUGGCCGCUAAUUAUCUGUUCAAUCAUGACAUCCCCCCGUUGCUCUCAGGCCCUUUCGAGUCAUUCGGAGCGGCUUUCUCUCCCCUCUCGCUCUUCAUCCUCGGUAUGUCAAUGGCGGACGAGACAGAGAAGGCAUCAGACGAGCAGACUCGCCUGGGCCCGCUCCUCCUCUCGCUCGCCCUCGUGGCCGGCAAAUGCCUCCACAGCUUAAUCCUCUCCUCUGCACUUCCCCUGCAACUCGCACCUUCCAACUACUGCCUUCCUCCUUCCUGCCCCGUUCCUCGGCUUCCCCAUGGCCUUUCCUCCCCUUUCUCCUCCUCUCCUCAUCUCCUCCUCUCCUCCUCUCCUCCUCUCCUCAUCUCCUCCUCUCCUCCUCUCCUCCUCUCCUCCUCUCCUCCUCUCCUCCUCUCCUCCUCUCCUCCUCCUCCUAUGCUAUGCCAACGCCUUGUGCCCCCCUUCUUUACCCCACUGGCAGCGGACGACACAUCGCUGUCCCUGGCAGGGCUCAUAUACGGCAGCCUGCCCGUAACCCCAGCCACAUUCUUCUUUGCCUGUGAAUACGGGCUGUGCCAGUCGUACAUAGGCAUGGCGACGGUGCUGGGCACGUUUCUGUUUGGUCCGCUCGUGUACGUGCUCACGCAGCUCGCAUUCCUCGUCAUGAACCACUAUGAGCAGCUCUUAGAACAGGUGGAGUCAUCAUCGCGCAGCAUGGCGUUAGUAGGCGGCAUCUGCGCCCUCUGGACCCUCCUCGCCCUCCUCCGCCUCCUCCUCUCCUGCCGCCCCGCCCCUCCCGCCUUCCCCCAUGCCACCACCACCGCCGCCGCACAGACAGCAGCAGAUAGUGGCGCGCUUGCUGCUGCGGCAGGCACGGCGAUAGAAGGGAGUGCAACAGAGGGUACUGGAGCUGCUGCAGCAGCAGCAGGCGUGGCGGAGGGAGGGAGGGCAGGGAGCGAGCAGGACCCGUAUGAGCUGCACCGUGUGGUGGGGCAGAUGCUCGUGUGCUGCAUUGCACUGUGCUGGACCUCAGCCAGCGUCGCAUCUCUCCUCUGCCGCGCACCUCUCCCACCGCUCCCCUCCCUCCUGCGCUACCUCUUUCACACCACGGGCCACCUCGCCUCAGCCGUUUUCACCGCGCUCCUCGCCCUCUCAGAGCUGCUGUGCUCCGCGCUCGGCCCCUCUCUCGUGCACCGCCUGCGCUUCUACCUCGUCUUCUCUGGCUGGAUGCUUGCCGCGCUGCCUGUUGUGCUGCCGCUCGUGUUGUCACCGGGAUGGCCUGACAUCCCGGCGCUCUGCCCCACGGACCUGAUAAGCUGCUGGUACCCCUUUGGCUCGCUGCAGUUCCUUGCUGCCCUCAUCAUCUACUCCAUCGCAGUAAUGAUAAUCAUAACAAGCCUGUCACUGCUCAUAUGGGAGCAGUAUGCAGGACUGCGGGCCUCAGGCCUGCCCAUCAACUGGGUGGUGGCGACGAGGUGGAGGCAGAAGACGGACCUGGACUCUCAGAACGCGCUGCUGCUCUUCUGCUGCUACGCCGUCUUCUCCAUGCUUGUCUCCUGCACCAUCUCCAUCUUCGCCCUCCUCAACGGGGGGUGUCUGGAGGGGCACUUGGCGCUGCUGCUGCUGCUGAUGCACGUGCUGCUGUCCUACAGCCAGGGCGCCGUGCUCUUCCUCGCUUUCGGCAUGCACGCCGGGCUCGUGCUGCCUCUCGUCGCUGCCCGCGAGUGGUGGCGCAAGCAGCGCCUCUCCUUCCUUGGCGAGGUGUCUCCAUUCUUUGUGGACGAGUGGCAGUACCUCGCUCCAGACGAUGACUACCCCAUGCCGGGUGCUACCCAUUCAAACAGCAUGAUGCUCGCACGAGGCUGGUCCAUGAACCCAGCGCAGCUGCAGCUCUUCCCCCGGGACUGGGACCUCUACUCUCGGGGAUGGGAGGAUGCAAUGAGUGUGAGGGAAGACGGCAUGAGUGUGCGUGAUUACUACCCUUCGUAUCCAAUCGAUGAAGGGGACGAGGAUACUGUGGUGAGUGCGGAUGACGGAGGGGAUUAUCAGACGGACCGGGAUGAUGCUGAGACUGUGGUGGAGGUCACAGAAGACUCAGUUUUCUGA